UAAAGAAAGCUGUUAAGAAUAAUUUGAAAAAGAUACGGAAAUCAAUAAUUUCAUCAAAGUUAUCAACAAUUAUGAUAAUUUCUUAUUAAACAAUUAUUAAAAUUUUCACAUAAUGUUUACUUUUUUUUCAUAAGCUUGAGAUAUCCAUAAAGGUCCUCACCUAAAAAUUGAUUUUAAACUGCGAAUUCUGAGAACGCGAAAAAUUAUAAUUACGAAGCUAUAACUUUAAAAACCUUUAUGCUUAAAUAACACGCUUGUUUAUUGUAAAAUAUUAAAAUAUCCUUCAUAAUGGGUGAUAAUCAACAUAAUAUCGAUGAUAUGGAAAUGCUUACGGCAUUAUAUGACUUUGAAGCUACGCUGGCUAAAACUUUGAGUUUUACAGAAGGUGAAUUCUUUUACCUUCACCAGAGUAAUACUAAACAGAGAAACUGGUGGCACGUUGUUAAUAAAAAAGGUCAAAUCGGAUUCGUACCUUCGAAUUACGUCGCUGCUGUCAAGGUGGAGCCAAACUUCUUUUUGGCGUUUCUUAACGACUGUAUCAAAAAUUUAAACGACAAUGAUACCAUGACUCCACCAAAAUCAGAACUAAUAUCAAGAUUGAGUGAGAAGAAAAAACAAAUACAGAUUAUGAUAAAACCACCUAGUAAAAAACAUGCAGCUCCUAAGCCUCCACCACGUCUGGAUGAUAGUACACCACCAAAUGGUGUGUCACCCUGCUUUGACUUAAGGCCAGUUGUGUCUCAGCAGCAGAUUUCAGAAGAAAAACAGUCUUGCUCAUCUCCAAAAUCAAUAAAUAGUGACAUUGCAAAGGACAAUGAUGAAGAGAAAAAGAUUUUAAAUGUCAAAUUGACAUCAAAUCAGCUAUCUUCCGACACUGAUAACCAAGAUGACAGCCAGGACAGCAGCGAAAGCAUAAAGCCGAAUGCCAUCUACGAGAUUGUUCAAUCUGUCCGUAGGGAGACUCAACUCAGUCAUGACAUGUCGAAAGUUGCAGUCGAAACUGUUUUGAUUUCAUUGAGAGAAUUCUUGCCUGGAGGUGCAGCAAGAUCAAUUAUAGAUGCCUUACUUCGAGAGGCAAACAGUAACAUAACAUGUCCUAAAAAUGCAAUUGAUGCUGCUCCUGACGCUCUGAGAAUGAUGACUGCAUUGAAUGCAUUGUCCAAAGCAGCCAAUGAUGCCCAGCAACGAGGCUGGGCUCUACAUGAUGAUGCUCACGAUAUUCAAACACAGUUGUUAGAGCUGAUCUCAGUUAUGUCAAACGCAGAUGUAAAUAUCUCUCAACAUGUAUUAAGCAGUCAUCGUUAUGUCUAUGUUACAACACUCGUCCAGUAUUACCAAAUGGAAACACGAUGGCCUCUACGUCAACUCUUACUUCAGGCAUUUGGUGUGAUGUGCGGUCUGGAACGAACAGCACUUGCUACGUUGGCACUGUCAGCGCUUCCUGCUGAAAUAGCACGUGACAUGCGUGACAAUCCGCGCGCUGUCAGCCGUCUCUCGCAUUCAGCCUUGCUAUUGUCUAUGGUACUGUCCAUGGGUGACAAACUACCGAUUACACAUUUCGAACAACUCGGCGUUGAUUUCGCUCAGUUUCUCCUUGAGUUGACAGAAAACCCACCGGAAACUGAUGUUGAUGAACAAAUUCCUGAUUUGUUUCUCACACUACUACUCGCAUACAAUUUACAGUUCGAAAACUCAUUCGAGAACUUAUUACUAAACGCGUUGGAGACGAUAGAUAAUGCGAAAAUAUUCUGCGAGAAAGUCCUCCUGCUGCUCAACCGUGAAGAAGAUCCCGUGCACAUUUUCGACCACGAGCCGGCGCCUGCGCACUCCGUGCUGAAGUUGGCCAUAGACCUGUUCAGCCGUAAGAAGACCGCAGAACAUUUCUACACGAACGACGUGAAAGUUGCUAUAGAUAUAAUCGUAAGGCAACUGGCUGAUCUAUCCCCAGGAGAUGUACGUCGUCAACAAUACCUCAAGAUACUCCAGGGAAUCAUUCGAAACACUGAGUAUGGAGCUCACUUACACAGAAGAGAUGAUUUGCUUCGUUGUUUCGCGCGCAUCUUCUGCGAGGAAGGCGACUCGAGUCGUGAUGAUCAAACACUUGUAAGGGCUAUUUCUAAUGAGUUCCCGCAGUAUUUUAAAGCUUAGGGUUUCGAUGUAUGGUUGCUAUGCUAUAUAAGCUAUAAAGUUGAUCUUAUAAGAUGUUGAAGCACCGGGAGCUUCAACAGGACCUUAUUAGAUGAUCCUCAUUUCUCAAAAGAAGAGGAAAGAAUUAAGAUAAACAGGCAAAUAGGCGACUCUGACAGUAAGCAAUCUAAUUGCUGAGUACUGAAAAUUUAAACCAUUCAUUCAUGAGAUUUUAAAUAUUAUAUCAUUUGUGUCUGUAAUUGUUCACCCACCUUUUAAACGGAACAGGAAUAUAAAAAAUCGAUCUUUUAUAGUAGACUAACUGAUAGUAAUUUAAAAAAAAAAAAUAUUAUCAUAUUAUAUAAUCGAUAAACAAAAAAUAUUUUAUCUAGAAAUCGAAUAUGGCCAUUAUCGAGAAGGCUUUAUAGAUGUGUAUAGUGAAUGUCCCUCACUCAGGGUGUCAAAUAUUUUACGAAAAGUUUUUAUGUUGAUAAGUAAAAUAUUUAUCGAAAAUACUCUACAUGAAUAAAACCACUUCGACUACUGCAAAAAAGUAGGUUUUAUUUCAGAAAAUGUCUUUUCAGUAUUGUGUGUAUUUAAAUAGUUUUUAAAAAAGUUUCAUAUAAUGAGUAAGUAGGUAUCAGUGCUGAUUCUGUUUUACACAAUUAUAAUAUGACAUGAUUAAAAAAAAUUCUUUAUAUUCAAGGCCAGUAAGAUAUUGAAUGCUUGACCAUGUCGAUAUACGACAAUACCAGUCGAGUCGACGGUAUUUAAAAACCACUAUUUAUUCAUGAAAUUAUUUGUAUAUCAUCAUCAUAUUAUGUAUCAUAUAUUUCAUAUAUAUAUAUUUAUAUAUUAAUUUAACUAAUUUUAUGUUACAAUCACGAAUGAAAAUGGUGCAUUAUCUUUUUAUAUUUUCUCAAUUUAACUCUGAAAUAAGCUGUGAACAUAAGAUCAUUUCAUUUCACCCCUUCGACUGCUUGCUAUAGUAUUCAUAUUGCGGUCUCUUUCUCGUGUGUGGUGUUAGAAAAAGAAGGCAAGUUUUUUCGUCCCGUCAAAUUCGUCUAGAAAUUGUGUACAGCAAAUUCAGUAACCAUUAAAAUGUUUUGUCUUUAAUAUUAAAAUUUCGAAGCCUAUUAAUAUGAAAUAAAUUUGAUAUGUGUAAUUGGCUGUGUUAGUAUCUAUUAAAGUGUUUGCCUCGUUAUCAUCGUGUCUUAUAAUUAUAUGUACUCGUAAAUGUAAUGUUACUAUGUAGUUAUGCAUGCAAAUUAUAGAAUAUUGAUCUCAGAUUUGUUCCAAUUGAAAAAUCAAAUUGACUUUAUAUAUGAUCGAUAAAAUUUUAUGAUGUUAAUAGUAAAACUAUUUAAGAAUAAUAUAGUUAUUUCUUUAUA